ACCGGCCGAUAACGACGGUCCAGCACGACGAACGAGAAGCAUCGGCUGCAACCGACGCUGUCCGCAACUAGUCUGGAUUUUCGGCCCAUCGCAAAGCCCAAUUCUCCUGGUCAAACACCCUCUGUCAAAACCCGCAUACACGAAAAAUGGCAGCCGACGCCGCGCAAACAAUCGAGAAAAAGCCCAUCAAUUUCGCCAACAUCCUCUUGGGUGCCGGAUUGAACUUGGCCGAGGUGACCACGUUGGGCCAGCCGCUCGAGGUGGUCAAAACCACCAUGGCGGCCAAUAGGUCCUUGUCCUUGGUGCAGGCCGGCAAACUCGUGUGGUCACGUGGCGGCGUUCUUGGGUUCUACCAAGGCUUGAUUCCAUGGGCCUGGAUCGAGGCGUCCACUAAAGGUGCCGUGUUGUUGUUUGUGUCCGCCGAGGCCGAGUACCAGUACCGCAGCUUGGGCUUCAGCAGCUUCCUUGCCGGAAUGGGUGGCGGUGUCACUGGAGGAGUGGCCCAGGCGUACCUUACCAUGGGCUUCUGCACGUGCAUGAAAACCGUGGAAAUCACCCGGGCCAAGCAGGCUGCGGUGGCGGGCGCGCCCCAGCUGACGUCGUUCCAGGUGUUCAAGGAGAUUUACCGCAAGGAGGGCAUCCGCGGCAUCAACAAAGGAGUCAAUGCCGUGGCCAUCCGCCAAAUGACCAACUGGGGCUCGCGGUUCGGGCUUUCCCGUUUGGCCGAGGACGGCAUCAAGAACCUCACCGGCAAGGGGAAGGACGACCGCUUGAAUGCCGUGGAGAAGAUCGCCGCGUCGUGUGUUGGUGGUGGUUUGUCUGCGUGGAACCAGCCGAUCGAGGUGAUCCGCGUCGAGAUGCAGUCCAAGACCGCCGACCCAAACAGACCCAAGAACCUUGGGGUGUUCUCUGCUGCCAAGUACAUCUACUCCAACAACGGUGUCAAGGGCUUGUACCGAGGCGUGGCCCCCAGGGUGGGGUUGGGUGUCUGGCAGACUGUGUUCAUGGUGGCCUUCGGAGACAUUUUCAAGAAGUUGUUGAAGACGGAUGGCGGACAUUAGUGCAUGGACUACUCUAUCCAAACCUAGCUUAUCAAUACGAGAGUGUAUAUUCCUGAAUGAAAAAAAUGGCUGAAUGCCAACUCAUGCCA